AUGAAUUCAACAAUCCUUAUUCUGGCUAUUAUUGGAGCAGUGCUCAGUGCCGACUUCGGCAUGUUGGGCCAAGUCGCCAUGGAUUCCCCUGGAGACAUGGAUGGCCCUGAUGACAUCGAUGGUCCAGAUGACCAAGGUGGUCCAGGAGGUAGAGGUGGUCCAGGUCGUGGACGAUUCGGUCCCGGUGGUCGAUGGGACCACCGUCGUCAUCAUCGCGGACCUCCACCUCCACCAUAUCUCAAGAAUGUCAGUGAGGAAGCCCGAAGGGAGUAUUUCGACAUCGUGAAAGACAUGAACAAAACGAUUGCACAACAAAAGGAGGACAUUUUGGAAUGGGCAGCUAAGUAUGAAAUCCGGGAUCAAGUGGAGGAGUUCAAUGCGAACAUGACCAGAAUAAAGACCGAGGUGAAACAGAACGUGACCAAUCUCAUCAACUCCAUGCUGUCAGAAUUCCAACAAGUUUCUGCCAUCAUGGAUAACGAGGACCAAACCUGGAUUGAGAUGUUCAGAGCACUGGGUAAUUCUGAGUGCUCAGAAUCCGAAGGCCUCGACGUGGACGUCGGCCACAUGGACCCGGUGGAAAAGACUUUAUGGGAGGAGAAGGUGGUCGUGGAGGAUUUGGUGGCUUUGGCGGUCAAAGGAGAGAUGAGAGGCGGAUUCGGAGGAAUGAUGGACGGUCAACAAGGACAAGGUGGUUUCGGCAGAAACCAAGGCGGACGAGGUGGCUUUGGUGGUAACCAAAUGAUGGGCGGUCAGGGUGGACGAGGUGGAAUGAUGGGUGGACAACGUGAUCAAGGUGGAUUCGGAGGCCAGCCAGGAGGAUGGAACAAUGCUGGCGACUUCGAACAAAAUCAAAUAGAUGACGGAUUUUGA